CCCCAAGUGCGGUUCUCAUCCUUCUCUCUGCUUCGUCUUGUCGCUUACCUUCUCGUCAUCCCUGCGUAACAACAUCUUUUACACCCCACCGCCGCCAUGUCCAAGACAUUUACCCAGAGCGACGUCGCGUCGAACAACAAGCCCGAAUCCCUAUGGAUCGUGAUCGACGGCGACGUGUACGAUCUGACCAAGUUCCAAGAUGACCAUCCGGGCGGCAAGAAGAUCCUCCAGAGAGUGGCGGGCAAGGAUGCGUCGAAGCAGUUCUGGAAGUACCACAACGAGGGCAUCCUCAAGAAGUACAAGAAGCAGCUGCAAAUCGGCUCGCUAGACACCAAGCCGAAGCCGCCCGCCGCUGCCCCUGCCCCGGCGCCCGCCCCCGCCAAGAAAGAGGCCCCCAAGCCCAAGGCGGCGGCGGCUGUUGCUCCGUCCGAGCAGCCUGCCGAGGCCCUCGAGCCGUUUGGCGACCAGAUUCCCUUCUCCGACCCGAGCUGGUACCAGGGUUAUCACUCGCCCUACUUCAACGAGACGCACGCGGCCCUCCGCGCCGAGGUGCGCGAGUGGAUCGAGACCGAGAUCGAGCCGCACGUCACCGAGUGGGACGAGAAGAAGGAGGUGCCGCCCGAGGUGUACAAGGAGAUGGGCCGGCGCGGCUACCUGGCCGGGCUGCUGGGCACGCGCUAUCAGAAGGAAUACGUGCAGGGCGACGGCGUGCGGUCGGUGCCGCCCGAGAAGUGGGACCUCUUCCACGAGAUGCUGCUCACGGACGAGCUCAGCCGCGUCGGCUCGGGCGGCUUCGUCUGGAACGUCAUCGGCGGCUUCGGCAUCGGCUGCCCGCCGCUGGUCAAGUUCGGCAAGAAAUCGCUGGUCGACCGCAUCCUGCCGGGCAUCCUCGCCGGCGACAAGCGCAUCUGCCUGGCCAUCACGGAGCCCGACGCCGGCAGCGACGUGGCCAACCUGACGUGCGAGGCGCGCCUGAGCGACGACGGCAAGCACUACAUCGUCAACGGCGAGAAGAAGUGGAUCACCAACGGUAUCUGGUGCGACUACUUCACCACGGCCGUGCGCACGGGCGGGCCCGGCAUGAACGGCGUGUCGCUGCUGCUGAUCGAGCGCGACUUUGGCGGCGUGUCGACGCGCCGCAUGGACUGCCAGGGCGUGUGGUCGAGCGGCACGACCUACAUCACGUUCGAGGACGUCAAGGUGCCGGUCGAGAACCUGAUCGGCAAGGAGAACCAGGGCUUCCGGGUCAUCAUGACCAACUUCAACCACGAGCGCAUCGGCAUCAUCAUCCAGUGCCUGCGCUUCUCGCGCGUCUGCUUCGAGGAGUCGGUCCGGUACGCCAACAAGCGGCGCACCUUCGGCAAGAAGCUGAUCGAGCACCCGGUCAUCCGGCUCAAGCUGGCGCACAUGGCGCGCCAGAUCGAGGCGAGCUACAACUGGCUCGAGAACCUCAUCUACCAGUGCCAGCGCAUGGGCGAGACCGAGGCGAUGCUGCGCCUGGGCGGGCCCAUCGCCUCGCUCAAGGCCCAGGCGACCGUCACGUUCGAGUUCUGCGCCCGCGAGGCCGCCCAGAUCUUCGGCGGCCUGUCCUACUCGCGCGGCGGCCAGGGCGCCAAGGUCGAGCGCCUCUACCGCGACGUCCGCGCCUACGCCAUCCCCGGCGGCAGCGAGGAGAUCAUGCUCGACCUGAGCAUACGCCAGAGCAUGCGCGUCGCCAAGAUGCUGGGCAUGAAGCUGUAGAGUGUAGUAUGUACGAGGGAGGGGAAAUCUACCUUGGAAAAGACAACGCGAAAAGAUAGGGUAGGGGGAUUUCUGGGUCUAGUCUGGAGUUUGGUUACCUUUUUUUGUUUCUGUAGUAAUCUGGACAUACACCCGACAGCCGAACGGCCGGUG